AUGUCGUCGCCACCUCCCUCCGUAGAGGCAUCUACUACUCAUUGACGUUGACAUUUUUCCCGAGAAAAUCACAUAAUUUUCCCCUUCACUUUCUCGGAAAAUAAUUCCGUUCUCUCUCUCGCUCUGCCGACUCUCGGCAUCUGGAUUACAAACCGACUGCGAUGUCACGCCGCGAGUUGCUGCUGUGUCUCGCCAUCUUCAUCGUCUUUAUUCAGUCUUCCACUUCUCUGAUCAGCUCUCCGAGCGCCAUCAUCAAUCCUUCCAAAGUCAAGCAAGUUUCGUUUAAACCUAGGGCGUUUGUGUACGAAGGUUUCCUUACGGACCUGGAAUGCGAUCAUCUGAUCUCUCUCGCGAAAACGGAGCUGAAGAGAUCUGCGGUUGCGGAUAACGAUAACGGAGAGAGCACCGUCAGCGAUGUUCGUACCAGCUCCGGCACGUUUAUCUCCAAAGCUAAGGAUCCCAUUGUUUCUGGUAUAGAGGACAAGAUCUCCACAUGGACAUUUCUCCCAAAAGAAAAUGGAGAAGACAUUCAGGUAUUGAGAUAUGAGUACGGCCAAAAGUACGAUGCUCAUUUUGAUUACUUUCACGACAAAGUCAACAUUGCCCGUGGUGGCCACCGCAUAGCUACGGUUCUUAUGUAUCUCUCCAAUGUCACCAAAGGCGGAGAAACUGUUUUCCCCGAUGCAGAGGAGCCUCACCACCGGAAGCUUUCUGAUUACAACAAAGAGGACCUUUCAGAUUGUGCAAAGAAAGGAAUUGCUGUGAAACCAAAGAAAGGGGAUGCCUUGUUGUUCUUCAACCUCCACCUGGACGCAGUUCCAGACGCAAUGAGCCUGCAUGGAGGAUGUCCGGUGGUGGAAGGAGAGAAAUGGUCGGCGACCAAGUGGAUCCACGUGGACUCGUUCGAUAAGAUCGUGACACCUGGCGGUGGAGGAGGGAACUGUACGGAUAUGAACGAGAGCUGCGAGAGAUGGGCGAUGUUAGGUGAGUGCACUAAGAACCCCGAGUACAUGGUCGGAACUGCUGAGCUUCCUGGUUACUGCAGGCGUAGCUGCAAGUCUUGUUAGAUCUUUCCAAUUAAUCUCUCCUUUUUUCAGUCUUUUCUGUGCCAUUUUGUUAUUGUUGUUGUUGCCUUGUAUCGCUCACUUAUAUUGGAUUUUUUUUUUCGAUUUAAACCCUUUUGAGGUU